AUGUCAGACGAGCAGAAGAUUGUGCAAGAAACCGUUGCGGUCACUGUUAUUGAAGAGGAGAAAGCACCGGCUCUUCCGACAACGGAGCCACCAAAAGACGACGUGGGUAAACCGGCUGAACCUGAUGUCACUGAGGCACCGAAAACCGAUGAGAAACCAGCUGAAGAGUCUACGAAAGAGGAGAAACCAGCUCAUCGUAUUUUCAAACGGCCUACGCUGAAAUGGGGUAAGAAACGCGAUGAACCAGCUGCUCAACGAGAGCCUGAGCAGGCGAAGGAUAUUCGCGAGGACGCCCUGGGAUGGCUUGCGCAACAGAUCCCACCAGCUGUUCACAAGGUCAACUACUUCGUAUUAGACUGGGCCCAGAAAUUGGCCUACGGUGACGCGGAACGACCUGCUCUACCAGGCAAAGAUGGUUCUGUGACUCGCAAUCAGUUUUUGGCCUUUUUGCGUGACGGGAAACUACUGACUGCCCUUGCAAACAAGCUGCAGCCUGGAGCAGUAAUCGUGGAACCUGAAGUAACAGCAGAAGUAGCCCCAGUGGCUGAGUCUGCUCCGGCAGCAGAGGUACAAAAACCGGUUGAGGCUCCCGCAGAUGCCGAGCCCUCUAAAGAAGGAGAGGAGAAGAAGGAGGAACCCGCAGAACCAGCAAAAACUGAGGAGAAACCUGCCGCACCAGCUCAGAAGACACAGAAAGAGAAGCAAGCCGAUCUUAUCAACCAGUUUGUCGCCUGGGCCAGAGAUAUCCUUGGAUUUGAGGAAGGAAAGGGAAUGACUGCUGCAGAUCUUUUGGAAAAAGGAAAAGCCGGCUACCCAGCCGUAUUUGACACCCUCUGGCAAAUCGCCAUGAAGGCACAAGUGAAAUUCCAACAAGAAGGCAUUGAUGUUGAUGCUGUGCUGUCUGCUGCUAGCCAGGUCGUUCGCACUAACAUCAUCCAGUCAAUUCUGAACUUCUUCAAGCGUCGUCCAGCGCCUGUCGCUGAAAAGAAAGAUGAGCCAGCAGAGCCCGCUCCAGCUGAGGGUGGAGAUGCGGCACCGAACGCGCCUGAGGGAGAGCAAGUAGCUGAAGAGGAGUGCAAAAAGAUUGACGCCUUGACGUCAGCUCCUGUUGCGGCCAAUUGA